GGCGGCGGCGGCGGCAGCAGCGGCGGCGCUCGGCGGCCGGAGCCGGAUCCGGUAGCCGGGGUGUGGGCCCGCGUCAGUCCGUCCCUCCUUCGGCCGCCUCUCUUGUCUUCCGGAGUGUGGCUGGCGGAGCCGGGAUGGCGGAGCGAGGCCUGGAGCCCGCGCCGGCCGCGGUGGCGGCGCUGCCGCCCGAAGUGCGGGCGCAGCUGGCGGAGCUGGAGCUGGAGCUCUCGGAGGGGGACAUCACACAGAAGGGAUAUGAAAAGAAAAGGUCAAAACUCCUGUCUCCCUACAUCCCGCAGACACAAGAAGCUGAUCCAGCAGUGCAGAAGGAACAUAGAAACCAGACACCUGCUCCAUCUGCAGCUCAAACUUCCGCUCCUUCUAAGUACCACCGAACUCGAUCUGGGGGAGCCAGGGAUGAGCGAUAUCGAUCAGAUAUCCACACAGAAGCAGUUCAAGCCGCACUGGCAAAGCAUAAAGAACAGAAAAUGGCUUUGCCUAUGCCAACCAAAAGGCGGUCCACAUUUGUCCAGUCUCCUGCAGACGCCUGCACACCUCCUGACACGUCUUCGGCCUCUGAGGAUGAGGGCUCUCUGAGACGCCAAGCUGCGCUCUCUGCUGCCUUGCAACAGAGCUUACAGAAUGCUGAGUCCUGGAUCAACCGUUCAAUUCAGGGAUCGUCCACUUCUUCAUCUGCAUCUUCUACGCUGUCCCAUGGAGAGGUCAAAGGAACCAGUGGGUCUCUAGCUGAUGUAUUUGCCAAUACUCGAAUAGAGAAUUUCUCUGCUCCCCCUGACGUCACUACAACUACCUCCUCUUCAUCAUCAUCUUCCUCAAUACGCCCAGCAAAUAUUGAUCUGCCCGCCUCGGGGAUAGUUAAAGGCAUGCACAAAGGGUCCAACAGGUCCAGCCUUAUGGAUACAGCUGAUGGUGUUCCUGUCAAUAGCAGAGUAUCCACAAAAAUCCAGCAGCUUCUCAACACUCUGAAACGACCCAAAAGGCCUCCCUUAAAGGAAUUUUUUGUGGAUGACUCUGAAGAAAUUGUGGAAGGUAUACCUCAGCCAGACCCCAACCAGCCCAAGCCUGAGGGACGGCAGAUGACCCCAGUGAAGGGAGAGCCCUUAGGAGUCAUCUGUAACUGGCCUCCUGCUCUUGAGUCUGCCCUGCAGCGCUGGGGCACGACUCAAGCCAAGUGCCCCUGUCUGACCGCCCUGGACGUGACCGGGAAACCAGUGUACACGCUUACAUAUGGGAAGCUGUGGAGCAGAAGUUUAAAGUUGGCCUAUACACUGCUUAAUAAGCUAGGGACCAAGAAUGAACCUGUAUUAAAAUCUGGAGACAGGGUAGCCCUGGUUUACCCCAACAAUGAUCCGGUCAUGUUUAUGGUGGCUUUUUAUGGAUGUCUCCUGGCAGAAGUGAUCCCAGUGCCUAUAGAGGUACCUCUUACCAGAAAGGAUGCUGGAGGGCAGCAGAUUGGCUUCUUGCUAGGAAGCUGUGGUGUUGCCUUAGCUCUUACCAGCGAAGUUUGUCUAAAGGGGCUGCCAAAAACCCAGAAUGGAGAAAUUGUACAGUUUAAAGGUUGGCCUCGGCUCAAAUGGGUUGUAACAGAUUCCAAGUACCUUUCCAAGCCACCUAAGGACUGGCAGCCCCACAUCUCACCUGCUGGGACAGAACCAGCGUACAUAGAGUAUAAAACAAGCAAAGAAGGGAGUGUAAUGGGAGUCACGGUGUCCCGCCUUGCGAUGUUGUCUCACUGCCAAGCUCUAUCCCAGGCCUGCAAUUAUUCUGAAGGGGAAACAGUAGUAAAUGUUUUAGACUUUAAGAAGGAUGCUGGGCUGUGGCAUGGCAUGUUUGCGAAUGUAAUGAAUAAGAUGCAUACAAUUAGCGUACCCUAUUCCGUUAUGAAGACUUGCCCUCUCUCUUGGGUCCAAAGAGUACAUGCCCACAAAGCCAAGGUAGCUUUAGUAAAGUGUCGAGACUUGCACUGGGCUAUGAUGGCACAUCGGGACCAAAGAGAUGUGAGCUUGAGUUCCCUCCGGAUGUUAAUUGUGACUGAUGGAGCUAAUCCCUGGUCUGUGUCAUCCUGUGAUGCCUUCCUGAGCCUGUUCCAAAGCCAUGGAUUGAAGCCUGAGGCCAUCUGUCCAUGUGCUACUUCUGCGGAAGCCAUGACUGUCGCAAUCCGAAGGCCUGGAGUUCCAGGGGCCCCUUUGCCGGGAAGAGCCAUUCUCUCAAUGAAUGGAUUGAGCUAUGGGGUCAUACGGGUCAAUACCGAAGAUAAAAAUUCAGCACUGACGGUCCAGGACGUGGGACACGUAAUGCCCGGUGGGAUGAUGUGCAUUGUGAGACCCGAUGGACCUCCCCAACUCUGCAAAACAGAUGAAAUCGGAGAAAUCUGUGUCAGCUCCAGAACAGGAGGCAUGAUGUACUUUGGGCUUGCUGGUGUGACAAAAAGUACAUUUGAGGUGAUUCCAGUGAAUUCCACAGGCUCUCCUGUUGGGGACGUGCCAUUCAUCCGGUCAGGAUUGCUGGGGUUUGUGGGGCCGGGCAGCUUGGUGUUUGUGGUUGGAAAAAUGGAUGGGUUACUGAUGGUUAGUGGUCGCAGACAUAAUGCUGAUGACAUUGUUGCUACUGGAUUGGCUGUUGAAUCAAUAAAGACUGUUUAUAGAGGAAGGCACACUGGCCUUCUUGCUGUUCCUCAAACCUGCCAAGCUCGUUCCUACCUCAGAACCUUUUCGCUUUCCGUUCCUCCUGCCCGGAAACCUCUUCCUCCAGAUCUUCGCAUGGCUCGCGUCCUCACCUCAUUCAGAAUUGCUGUGUUUUCUGUGUCUGUAUUUUAUGAUGAGCGCAUCGUGGUGGUCGCAGAACAAAGACCUGACGCGUCUGAGGAAGACAGUUUCCAGUGGAUGAGCCGCGUGCUGCAGGCAAUCGAUAGCAUUCAUCAAGUAGGGGUUUAUUGCCUUGCUCUGGUACCUGCCAAUACAUUGCCAAAAACUCCACUAGGAGGGAUUCAUAUAUCUCAGACGAAACAGCUCUUUCUGGAGGGAUCUCUACAUCCUUGCAAUAUUCUCAUGUGCCCGCAUACAUGUGUGACCAAUUUGCCAAAACCCCGGCAAAAGCAACCAGGUGUAGGCCCUGCUUCUGUGAUGGUUGGGAAUCUGGUUGCUGGAAAACGCAUAGCACAAGCUGCAGGCAGGGAUCUCGGGCAAAUCGAAGAGAAUGAUUUGGUGAGGAAGCACCAGUUUCUGGCGGAGAUUUUGCAGUGGCGAGCCCAGGCAACUCCUGACCAUGUACUCUUCAUGCUGUUAAAUGCCAAGGGCACUGCUGUGUGCACAGCCAGCUGCCUGCACCUGCAUAAGCGAGCAGAGAGGAUUGCGUCUGUUCUUGGUGAUAAGGGACAUCUAAAUGCGGGAGACAACGUGGUGUUGCUCUAUCCACCUGGCAUCGAGUUGAUCGCUGCGUUCUACGGCUGCCUGUAUGCAGGGUGCAUACCUGUGACCGUGCGGCCUCCUCACGCCCAGAACCUAACUGCCACGCUGCCCACGGUCCGCAUGAUUGUGGAUGUCAGCAAAGCAGUCUGCAUUCUCACCACGCAGACCCUAAUGAGGCUAUUGAGAUCCCGAGAGGCAGCGGCAGCUGUGGACGUGAAGACGUGGCCAACCAUCAUUGACACAGAUGAUUUACCCAGGAAAAGGUUACCUCAGCUGUAUAAACCGCCCACUCCUGAGAUGUUGGCUUAUCUUGAUUUCAGUGUCUCCACAACUGGCAUGCUUACAGGAGUGAAGAUGUCCCACUCUGCGGUCAAUGCUCUUUGUAGAGCCAUCAAGCUCCAGUGUGAGUUAUAUUCUUCUCGGCAGAUAGCCAUCUGCCUUGACCCUUACUGUGGACUUGGCUUUGCACUCUGGUGUCUCUGCAGUGUCUAUUCAGGUCACCAGUCCAUCUUAAUUCCUCCUAUGGAGUUAGAAAACAACCUUUUCCUCUGGCUCUCCACUGUCAACCAGUACAAAAUAAGGGAUACUUUCUGCUCCUAUUCGGUGAUGGAGCUCUGCACCAAAGGGCUUGGAAACCAGGUGGAGGUGCUAAAGACCAGGGGAAUCAACCUCUCCUGCAUCCGGACGUGUGUGGUGGUGGCUGAGGAGCGGCCCCGCAUUGCCCUCCAGCUGUCCUUCUCCAAGCUCUUUAAAGACAUCGGUCUGUCCCCUCGGGCGGUCAGCACCACUUUUGGAUCAAGAGUCAAUGUAGCGAUAUGUUUACAGGGAACCUCAGGGCCUGAUCCAACUACUGUGUAUGUAGAUCUGAAAUCACUAAGACAUGACAGGGUUCGACUGGUGGAACGGGGUGCCCCCCAGAGUUUGCUCCUCUCAGAAUCUGGAAAGAUCCUGCCUGGAGUGAAAGUGGUUAUUGUUAAUCCCGAGACCAAAGGACCCGUGGGAGACUCUCACCUUGGAGAGAUUUGGGUGAACAGUCCCCAUACGGCCAGUGGCUAUUACACCAUCUACGAUAGUGAGACUCUUCAAGCUGAUCAUUUCAACACUCGCCUCAGCUUUGGGGAUGCUGCUCAGACGCUCUGGGCUCGGACAGGAUACCUUGGUUUCGUCCGCCGGACUGAGCUCACAGCAGCCACUGGAGAGCGUCACGAUGCGUUGUAUGUGGUGGGAGCCCUGGAUGAAACGCUGGAACUGAGAGGACUGCGAUACCACCCGAUCGAUAUCGAGACCUCAGUGUCUCGGAUCCACAGGAGCAUAGCUGAAUGUGCCGUGUUCACCUGGACCAACUUGCUUGUGGUGGUUGUGGAGCUGUGUGGCUCUGAACAGGAAGCCCUGGAUCUGGUUCCUUUAGUCACAAAUGUGGUCCUGGAAGAGCAUUACCUCAUCGUUGGCGUCGUAGUUGUGGUGGACCCGGGCGUCAUCCCCAUCAACUCUAGAGGAGAGAAGCAAAGGAUGCACCUCCGUGACAGCUUCCUAGCUGACCAGUUAGACCCCAUCUACGUGGCUUAUAACAUGUAACCAGCCUUGUGGGGAUCACAGGGGCCACCCUGAGAAACCGCAAGGACCAAAGACCCGUGAUGAGGAGCAAGCUUUCAAAUGAUGGGAAAUAAGCUGAGAUGGCUACAUUAUAUAUUUCAUCUCAUCCUGUGGGAUUCUACAAUCACACGACACACAGGAAAGGGGAAUUCUGUGGUGGCAAAUGAAAAAAAUGUUAACCGUCUGUUAGUCAUGAGCUUUGACAUAGCGUGAGCAGCACGUUACUAAAGCAAUUACAUGCAUGUUACAUUUUUUUCAUCUGUUUAUAUACUUGUAUUUUUAUCUAAUGCUGUUUUAGAAUUUUGUAAGGGAGUUUAAUGAAUUCACAUAAAGGGGGUGGUCUGAGUUACACAGUUCCCCGCUCUGUACUGUAUUUUGCCAUUUUACCAUAGCUAGACAUUCUGCGGGUUUUGUUAACAUGGAACUACUCAGCUUACUUUCAGUCGACCCAUAAGCAAGUCAGAUAACCCACUGAAUAUGAAAAUUACUUUAUAUAUAUAAUUCUUGACUGUAAAACAUUUUGACCAGUGUUUUAAACAUGUAAAUAAGAAUACACAUAAUUCAGCUAAAAAUUUGAAUUGGCUUGUAUAGUUAUAACCACCAAAGUAGAAACAGUUCUACUUUGAGAGAAUUUCAAUAUUCUCUUAAUGCAGUAUAACUGAAUAGGUAACUAAAAAGUGCAAAUUGUUUGCAGGUUUCGCUGCACAUUUUCUGUCUCUGUUGGCUGGUGUAUUUUAUAAACUAAAGCUGCCUAUGUUUGUUUUUAAAGCUUGCAUUCCCGGAAUCAGCUUAAGCUUUUAAGAAUUCAGCGUGUUUCUACAAGCUGAAAAAUCUCAGUUUAAAAAUCAAAGUGUUAUGAAAAAGCUAAGAUUCAUUAGAUCCCACCCUAUUCUAAAGAACCACAAUAACUCACUCUGGCCCCCAGUGUUGAAACUGUCUUUCAAAUUUAGAGUGACUACGUAAGAAUUUAGAAUUUCCUCUUUUUCCAGGUCCACUGUAAACUCUGUCUACAGUUUAUACAUAUAAGCUUCUCUUUUCUGAAAACUGAAGAGUGUCCUCUGUUCUUCCAAUUGAUGAGGGCAGGGAUUUUAAGAAAAAGAAUGACAGGCUGGGAAGGCAGUGGGAUCAACAGUCACAUGAAAGCAUAAGGCCACAUAACUACACAUCUCAAAACUGACCAGAUUGGGUUGCCAAAAUAGCCACGCUUAUGCUGAAAUAGGGGAAGUAUGAUGUAUGCAAGAAACUCUUUUGAAAUAACUGUGGUGCCCAGGCCAAGUGGACUGAGCCUGGGACUGAGUUUGGCCUCCGGCUUGGUUUCCUUUCUUUGGUCUGAUACUUCAUGUAUUUGAAUAUAGUUGAAUUUUAUUAUUUUUUUCUUACAGAAAUAUUUUUAAAAAUUAAAAAAAAACUCAAAGUGAACAGAGUUAACUUGUUAAAUCAGAAUGGUUCUCUUUGACCCACUCUGGUCUAUUGUGUAAAUAUUUAUUUAGGCUAUUUUAAUAAUACAUAUUAUUUACCCCACUGUAACAUCAUGUAAACUAAAAUAUGUUUUUAAACAAUUUCUAAGACUUGUAAUUACCCUGAAAAUAAGGUUUAUAAUGCAAAGACCAGACCCUUUGCCAUGGCAGCCCUCUCGGGGGCUGCCCUUACACUGUCUGUGACCCAAAGCCACUUUAUCCCUUUUACAUAAUCCUCUUUUCCCCCCAACUCAUUCUCCACAGAGGGCGGACCUCAAGACAUUUUCCAGUUCCAGAUCUCUUUUCAACAUUUUGGAUGAAAUUAAUUUACACGUGAUGGGAGAGGUUCUAGGAAGUGCAGAAAAAGCACACUGCCGGGGGGCAAGAAAUCCCAGUGACUAGCACCGGUUUGGUUUGCAGAGAAAACAGCCUGCUUAUUUGAAAAGUAAUUUUCUUAAAACACUUGUUAAUGAUUCACUAAACAAAGCAAGGGAUCCUGAGGAUUAAAUAGUUCUAUCUCCAUAAUCCACAAGUUCUAAAAAAAAUAUAUAGGCAGUUUGUCCUAUGAGUUGCUUUGAUAAUUCUUACUGCCCAAGUUAGAAUGUCUGCUAGAAAUAGAAUGUGAGCCACAUCUGUCAUUUUAAAUUUCUAGUAACCACAUUUUAAAAAGUAAAAAGAAACAGGUGAAAUUGACUUUAAUAUAUUUAACCCAAUAUAUCAAAAAUACUAUCAUUUUGAUAUGGAAUUAAUAUAAGAAACUAUUAAUGAGAUAUUUCACUUGUUUUUUUCAUAUUAAGUCUUUGAAAUCCAGUGUGUAUUAAGCACAUCUCAAUUCAGACUACCCAUGUUUCGGGUUUUCAGUAGCCACAUGUGGCUACUGGCUACAAUAUUGGACAGUGCCGAUCUAUGCUCAUUCCUUCAGAUAAGAUGCUCCGUUAAUCUCAGAGCGCGGCAGCUGCCAGUUACUUAGGGGCUGAUCACCUAGCUUCCUAGUUCCUCAGGCUUCUGAUUUAUCUUUAGUUUUUGCUUUCUGCCUUGUGGCUGUUUAUUGAUCUUUUGCAUAUCCCCCAAAGCCAGAAUAUGCUAGUGGAGGAAAGAAAGCUGAGAUGCACCUUUGGGGAACUUCAUCAGUAACACUGGUAAAGUACCCCCUGGAAGAGGAAGAGAGUCCAGUCAUUACCUUAGAGGUGUUUGCGGGUCAUCUGCAGAUUUAACACCUCAUCUGUUGCAGACUUGGAUAAGAAAACUUUCUCUUGAUGACACAACUCUCUUGCUCUUUCCAUGUUAGGUAGAACCUUUGUGGUAGAACUGACUCUUAAGGCAGUCACAGAAGGCCAUUAUUGAUAAAAUCAGCCUUGCCAAUCCUCUGGAACACAUUCUGUUUGGGUUUUUAUGCCUGUGAAAGAGAAAACGAAAUUAACAGCAAGUCUCCAUUUGAGUUAAGAGAAAUCUAUUCAUCUGAAAGUCUUUGAACCUCUUUCUGCCUCUCAGCAGAAGUAACUGAAGUAGAUCAGGAAGGGGCUGCCUCAGGAAAAUUCCUAGGCCCUAGGGAUUCUAUUCUUAGAGCUGCACAAAUGCCAUCUCCUGCAUCAGUGAGACCCAGGCAGUGACCAGCAUGCUAAUGGGCAUCAGUGAAUCCGCAGUCUUUAUUUACUUCCUGCCUCAAAGGGCCCUGGUCCCAUGAGUACCAAGUCCUUUCCUCCUGAAGUUGUGCUGCCUCAGGCUGUUUAGGGACCAUUGCCUGUCUAUUGGUCGUGAGUGUGUCUCCUUAACUUUAGUCCUUGGGCAAUGCUUGCUUAUUGCUUCUGUUGAAUCAACAAAGGGCCUGAGGCCUUAGGUUUUUUGUUAAGGUCUCUGCCCCAAGCAUGGUGCUCAAUAUCUUGGCCAAAUGAAUUACUUUCCUUGAAUUUCCAGGAAUCUUUUAGACUAAAGCAAUGAGGAGUUAUCACCUCACCCUCAAACUCCAACAUGAUCUAUGCCUUAGUGUUGUUUUUGUUGUCUGCUUUGAUGUAAAAGCAAGCGUGUUUGGAGCCAGAAGCUGCAGUACUCCAAAUACACAACAGGCCUUUCUUUCUCAUUCAUACAACAUUUCUGGUUUAGGUAUAUGUAGAUGGGCCAUGUUAUUUGUCCAGAGGAAGAGAGUGUAAAGAUAUAAGAUUAAUUUUUUAGUUUUAAAUGCUGUUUGUUUACUUUCUGUCAAGAUAUUUACCAGUGUCAAAUUCAAACGAUAGUACUGUGUAAUUAUGUAUAAAGGUUUUUUUUUAUUUAUUUGAAAUUAGACUAGAUAUACAUUUUUAAAUUUAACAUCUGGCUGGACAGUGUUCUAUUAACUCAUUGAAUGUGUUUCCUUUGUCUUGUGUUAAUAAAUAUUGAUGCCUGA